AUGUCGGAAAAGCUUGAAAAAGAGCAAGAAGCCAUUGGCGCAACUGAAGUCAUCGACCACAAUGAAGAGCAUCCCGCUCCUACAGAAGAGGAAUGGGCAUCGUUGCGUGAAGUCGCUGAUCAUGUCCCUGUAUCUGCUUUUCUUGUCAUUCUCAUCGAACUUUGCGAGCGUUUCACCUACUAUGGUUUGAGCGGUCCAUUCCAAAACUACAUUCAAUUUCCUGCUCCAGAUCAUUAUCCUGCCGACCAGCCUGGUGCUUUGGGUCGUGGACAACAAACCGCCACUGCUUUGACUACUUUCUUCCAGUUUUGGUGCUACAUUACACCUAUCAUUGGCGCCAUCAUUGCUGAUCAAUGGCUCGGCAAGUACCGUGCUAUCAUUCUCUUCGCCUCCAUUUAUAUGCUUGGUCUUGUGAUCCUUACUUGUACCUCGAUUCCCUCCUCCAUUGCUAAUGGUGGUGCUUUCCCCGGCUAUGUUGUUUCCAUUAUUAUCAUUGGUUUGGGUACCGGUGGUAUCAAAUCCAAUGUUGCUCCUUUGGUUGCUGAGCAAUACCAAACCCGAUCACCUUACGUCAAGACCUUGAAGAGUGGUGAACGUGUCAUUGUCAGUCCUCAAGCUACCUACCAAAAGAUCUUCCUGUACUUUUAUUGGGGUAUCAACAUUGGUUCAUUGUCAGCCAUCGCUACCACUGAACUUGAAAAGAACGUUGGCUUUUGGCCAGCUUUCCUUCUUCCCACGAUUGUAUUCAUCCCCGCCAUCAUUGUCGUGUUGGCUGGUCGCAAGAGAUACGUGUUGACUCCUCCACGUGGUUCCGUCAUUGUCGAAUCUUCCAAGCUUGUCUGGUACAACUUUAAGAUUAACGGCUGGUUCGCUAAGCUUGACAAGUUUGAUGCUUGUAAGCCAUCCAAUCUCGCUGUUACCCAUCCCGAUUGGGCUGCCAAAGCUACCUGGGAUGAUGUCUUUGUUGAUGAGUUCAAGCGUGCUCUACGUGCUUGCAUUGUCUUUUGCUGGUAUCCCAUUUUCUGGCUCUGCUAUGUGCAAAUCACCAACAACCUUAUCUCCAUGGCUGCUACUAUGAACACUGGCAACGUCCCCAACGACAUUAUGCAAAACAUUGAUCCUCUCUUUGUCAUUUGUGUGAUUCCCAUCAUGGAUAACAUUGUCUACCCAACUCUCCGCAAAUUCGGUAUUCGCAUGGGUCCCAUUCAUCGUAUCGCUCUUGGUUUCUUCUUUUCAGCUGUUGCCAUGGGUUACACCGCUGGUAUCCAAUCCAAGAUUUACAACUCUCCUCCUUACUACGAUCAUGUCAGCCGUGAGGGAGCUCAAAAUGACAUCUCGGCUGCCUAUCAAAUUCCAUCAUACUGCUUUGUUGCCUUGUCCGAAAUCUUUGCCUCUGUCACUGGCAACGAGUAUGCUUACAAGAAGGCCCCUCAAUCCAUGAAGUCCAUUGUCAUGUCCCUCUUCUUGUUCACCAACUGCUUUGCAUCCAUUCUUCAAUUUGCCCUUGUCUCUGUCACUGUUGAGCCCAAGCUUACUUGGAUGUACACUGGUAUCGCUUGUGCCGCUAUUGUCUGCUCCGUUUUGAUUUACUUUUUGCAUGGUCACCAAGAUGCCACCGAUGUUGAAGAGGAUGCUAUUGGUCGUUCCAAGGAGCAGUUUGCCAAAUACGAUGCCCAGAAGAAGGAAACCACCGCCGAAUUUGAAAUUGAUCAGGAAAAGGGCCACGCCUAA